AUGCCACCGAAGAAGGGAAAUCAAUCUAAGCCAGAAAGAUUAGCGGACGAGGAAAACAUGGAAGCACGUGUUAGUUCUAUGGAAAACGAGGUGGCCCAAAUGAGAAUAACGAUGGAGAGUUUUCAAGAAGCGUUGAAACGCGAAGUUCAAGAGAACCACUCGAUACUCGUCGAGCUUUUGACUCGAAAUGCUGGAAAGGAUUUAGAGGGGGAAGAUGAAGGGUCAGUGAAGAGGAAGAGUGUAUCAAACAGGAAAAAACAUUCUGGAGUGGCCUCGGGAAUGUCUUGGCUAACAUCUUUGGGGGAAAUGUUGAUUGAUUGGGGAAGGCAAACGAUGAGGAUUACCACUAAUCAAGGGACGAAGCUGUUAAAAAGGGUGCAGAAUGAAGAGUCUCUAGCAGCCCAAAUCAAGGAGUUAGUGUGA